AUGAAUCUCAACAACAGUGUUGGACCUGAUGAAUUGGCAGUAAUUAACUCUAGUACAACACGACUAAGAAGAUUCUAUGAUCAUUUUCGCAAGGGAAAAUUAAUUUGGAGAAUAUGUCUCAUUAUUUUAAUUGUUGUGAUUAUAGUUGUUGUAACAACGACUGUUUUACCAAAUAAAACUAAACGAGAAAAAACAUCAACAAUAGAGAUAACAACACCAACAUCAGCAUCAACAACAUCAUCAAUAUCAUCAACAACAGCAGCAACAACAAAAAAGGUCACAACAGAGCUAUCAUCAACAUCAUCAUCAUCAUCACCAACAACAGCAACAAGCGAUAAAAAUAUGAAAUGGAAACAGAAUGCAAUUACUGUUGCUGGAGGAUCUGAAGGAGGAAGUGCAUCAAAUCAGUUAACGAAUCCUUAUGGUAUUUAUGUUGAUGAUGAUAAUCAUUGUAUUUAUAUUGCUGAUACUGGCAACCAUCGUAUUGUUAAAUGGGAAUUUGAUUCAAACGAUGGUGUAGUUGUUGGAGGUGGAAAUGGAGAUGGAGAUGGAAUGAAUCAGUUAAAUAUCCCAACAGAUGUAAUUCUUGAUAAAGAAAAAAAAUAUCUCAUCAUUUGUGAUCGUGGUAACCAACGAGUGAUGAAAUGGUCUCUUCAAAAUAAUCAAGAUCAACAAAUAUGGAUAUCUGAUAUUUCGUGUCGGGGUUUAGCAAUGGAUGAUAAUGGACAUCUUUAUGUGUCUAACUCAGCAAAGCGUGAAGUCAGACGUUGGCAACAAGGAGAUUCAAAAGGUAUUCUUGUAGCAGGUGGAAAUGGACAAGGAAACCAAUUAAAUCAACUCAAUCAACCUAAUCGUAUCUUUGUCGAUGAAGAUCAUUCAGUUUAUGUAGCAGAUACUUUCAAUAAUCGUGUAAUGAAAUGGGAGAAAAAUGCGAACGAAGGUAUUCUUAUUGCUCCAGGACAGAUUUCUAAUGAAAAUCAUAAUACAAUGGUGAACCCCACAGGUGUGAUUGUUGAUCAUAUGGGUAAUGUUUAUGUGUUGACGAUCGAAAAUAAUCAAAUAAUGCGUUGGUCACCAGGUGCAAAAGAAGGUGUCCCUGUCGUUGGUGAAAAAGAAUCUGGAAUCGAAUCCACGCAGCUCCAGGAUCCUAAAGAUUUAUCAUUUGAUCGAGACGGCAAUCUUUAUGUUGUCGAUCACAAGAACCAUCGAAUACAAAAAUUUGAUGUUGAUCGUGACUAA